AUGUACCUGGUCACUGUCCUUGGGAACCUGUUCAUCAUUCUGGCCAUCAGCUCUGACCCCCACCUCCACACCCCCAUGUACUUCUUCCUUUCUAACCUGUCUUUUGUUGACAUCUGUUUCAUCACCACCACAGUCCCAAAGAUGUUGGUAAACAUUCAGACACAGAGUAAAGUAAUUUCCUAUAUAGGAUGCCUCACUCAGGUGUAUUUCUUCAUGAUAUUUGCUGGACUGGACAAUUUUAUCCUGUCCUUGAUGGCUUAUGACCGGUUUGUGGCCAUCUGUCACCCUCUGCACUAUACAGUCAUCAUGAAGCCCUGGCUCUGUGUCUUGUUGGUUUUGAUGUCUUGGGUCACUGUGGUCUCCUUGUUCUAUGGAACAGGCCUUGGGGUCUUCCUCAGUUCUACUGUGAUCCAUGCUUCCCAGAGAAUCUCUAUUGCCUCAGUGAUGUACACUGUGGUCACACCCAUGCUGAAUCCCUUCAUAUACAGCCUAAGGAAUAAGGAUAUGAAGGGAUUCCUGAGAAGGCUUCUUUGUAGGGCAGCCUCUUGUGCAUGA